AUGAUAAAUAUAUUAUUCUUGACUUCAUCCGUGUUGUGGUUAUCUAUUCUGAUUUCUGCAGUUGUAUCUUGGCCACUACCACGAAAUGUGUGUACUCCUUCGAUUGGCCUACAGAAUACCUCGAAACCAACAUCUAUUGUUGGCACUGGUACAUCUGCAUCAUGUAAUCAAAGUGCAUUGUCUGCUGCUCUUCUCAAAGGUGGCAUUAUUACAUUUAGCUGCGGUAGUGUACAAAACAUAACUAUUAAUAUUAAUACUUCUUUGAACGUAUCGAAACUGAACGAUACAGUCAUUGAUGGAGCAGGUAUUGUGACAUUGAAUGGAUUAGGAAAGACUCGCAUACUAAAUUUUGAUCGUGGUGAUUUUCGAUAUUCAACACCGAAAUUAACUGUUCAACGUCUCCGAUUUAUCAAUGGUCGUUGUCAAGAUGUCGAUGGUGGAUGUGCAAUUUUACAGAAAAAUGGAGGAACCACAAUUAUCAAUAGUUGUAGCUUCGAGAACAACACUGGUCCUGUAGUUGGUCAAGAUGUGGCAGGUGGUGCGGUAUGGACUAUAGGUGGAGGUACUACCAUGGUUGUCGGAAGUGUUUUUCGUAGUAACAAAUGUUCGAAUGGAGGAGCACUUGGUAUUCUUGGCAGUGGAUUGACUAUAUAUAAUAGUCAUUUUGAAACAAAUCAAGCUACGGGUAAUGGUGGAAAUCCAGGAAACGGUGGCAACGGUGGUGCCAUAAGUUUCGAUGGAUUAGGACGAAAUAACACAAUUUGUGGAACAAGAUUUACCCAAAAUCAAGGAAAUAAAUUCGGUGGUGCAUUCUUUCGUGUAUCUUAUAAUGGAAGUGAACAAAACAUAUUCGAUACCGUAUUAGUUGAUAAUAAUUUCGUUUCAAAAAAUGUAAGUGGUUUAGCUGGUGGAUUGUACAUUCAAGGUGGCAUGGUAUCAAUUCGUAAUAGUACCAUUGCAAAUAAUUCUGCAGACGGAGCCGGUGGAAUAUUUUUAGCCAAUGAUAAAACUGUUACGCUGAAUGGUGUGAAUCUGUUAAAGAAUGCAGCGUAUACAGGUCUUGGAGCUGGAGUUUUCUGUUCAAGUCCAGUGUCAGGUUUAUUUACUGGUGUAACUGUAGCCAAUAAUGUUGCUGGUGCUUUUGGCGCAGCUUUUGCCUUUUGCAGCACAACAAUUACACUUUCGAAUUCAAUCAUCACUAAUAACACAGUAGGAAACCCAUGGCCAGCAAAUGCAUGUACGAAUAUGAUGAACGGUGGCCCAAGAGUAGUCCAAUCACCGAUCAACAAACAAAAGCCUGCCACAGGAGAAGAUGCUCCGUGUACAAAUGGAACGAUUACAAAAGCAAACAAUGUUUCCAUUGUAUUGAACACGACGACAUGGAAAAUUACCGGCACUAAUGCACAACCAGCAUACUUAGGUCCAGUUAUCAUUCCUGGUUUAUAG